CCAGUUCGCCCUAGCUGGUUCUCUCUCAGGCACGGAGUCCAAGGCAGCCGCACAGCUUGCAUCUCCGCCAGAAUGAAGGUCUCUUUCCGGUGCAGCUCCUCCUGUCCUAAUCACGAGCCUCUCUUCCGCUGCUGAUGACGUUUCGCUCACCAUCCCGAAGCUCUCCCUCUUCUCCUCCAAUGGGUUCCUCUGCAACUGUCCCGUUUGGUUCUCCUCCCCUGCCGCCUGAACCACCAGAUCCGGAUCUUGUCGUGGUGUUUCCGAUAAAUCCUCCAGACCCUCCACCGGUCCUGCUGGUUUGUCCCUUUCUCCGCCAGUUCUCGCCGUCUUACACCGCUCCUCUCAAUCAAAAGGAAAUCGAAUCUCUUAUGCCAUGGGAUCUCUGCUUUUCAACCGGUUGCUUGCUCAAGCCUCUCUGCCCAGACGUCGAUGUGCUAUCCACGCAGCCUGCUCUGCUGCAUCUUUCGUUGGCUGGAAUUUCUCCCUCCGGAGCUCUCAACUCUGGCCUGAGUUACUCCUCCUUUCGACAUUAUCCCGUUUCAAAGCCGAUAAUUAUUACCUCUUGUGUGGAACAUGUUUUGUUAAAGUCAGCCUUAAGGGCAUCAACGAUUUAUCAUCAAGAGUCGUGUGUGGUUUCCUUAUCUGUUGCAAGAUUAUUGGUAUCAAUAGCUGAGUGCAAGCUGACUUCCCUUCAUUACUCAUCUCUUCAAAGUCUUGAGGACUGGGCUUGGAAGGUUGAAAUAUUGGUGGUGAUUUUCUCUCUGUUGGCAGCUCUUAAUACCGCAAUGCAGCAUUUUGAAGUGGAGCUCUCUACUGCUUUAUGCAGUUCUCAGUCAAGGCCUAUCUUCUCUUGCUUCAAGCUCUCGCAAGGCUAUGGUGGUUCUCCUCACAGCUCUCAGUCUCUUCAAAGAGGUGUUUGGUCGCCUUUGAGCUUGUAGCUGGGUCUUUCCCAAUUGGUUACUUUCAGAUUUGCCCGGCAAAGGGAAUGUGGAUGCAAGGCCGUGUCCUCCAUCGCUUAUUGAGUAGAGUGGGCUCUGGACACGUCGUCAAAGCGGGGAUGAUUCACAAAGCCUCUCAACCAGCAAUAUCAACUGGACUCUCAAGACUUCAGAUUCUUCCGGACUCAAUCGUCCCCUUCUGUUCCCUGCGCUUAGGGAUGGACUUGAAUGAGAUUACAGGUUUCUUGAGCUUCAAAAACCUUGUUCCUCUCUUCACUCCGUUAUCAUGUGUUUAUAAUCUACGCACAGCAUUAUGUUUAGCUGUUGCUUUUGCAAAGGGUGUUGUACCCAGACUUUGUAUUUCAAGUACUCUGCUUUGAGUUGGAUAUGAAAUAAAAUUGUUGACAAAAAAAAAAAAAAAAAGGAGAUUCGGUUCGACCGGUGAUGGAAUAGUUUACUAAGUGAACGAAUAUUUAUCUUUAUCUUACCUUAGUGGAUAGUAGUCAGUAGUCACACUUUCAAUUUUGGUCCCCUUUUACCUUUUGUUUUCCUCUCUGUAACAUCAAUGGAAUAUGUUCCACAGAAGCUAUCUUUAUAAUCACAUGAAAUUAUCCUUCUUACUGAAAUGGAUGGUGUACAUAUGUAUUCUACUCUUGAUAUAUCACGACUUCGGUUUUUAGAUUCAUCAACAACGAAUCAUCUUUUUCUUACAUAAUUUCAAAAUAGCAUAACAAAAUUACUUACAAAUCAUUCUCUUUCAACAUAUACACACACAUACACACACACAUAUAUAUAUAUAUACACAUGUAUUCGAUGCUAUCUUAUUUGGCAGCUGAUAAUAUGUCAUGUCGCUGUAACAAAAAAAUCUGACAUGUCAUCAUAUGCGAUGUGAUAAGUAUUGUCCUAGAUGUAGAGACUCUGAUGAGUCAGUAACUCAUCCCAUUUUUGAGUGUCCACUGACUCUACAUGCAUGGUCAUUAUCAAUGACAUCAUCGAGACCAGACAUAUUUCUAGUACCGAGUGUUUAUGCCAAUAUGAACUUUUUUUUUUUGAAGAAAAAACAAUAUUGAAGACACAUAGCUGGAUAAAAAACCAUAUGCUUGGAUACUUUAGUAUUUUUGAAAAGUUCUGAACGAUAAACUAUUAAAAGGGAUAGACGGGGAUCCCCUAGAAAUGAUCAAACAUGCGGAGGGAAAGUGCCAAGAUUGGUUCUCAGCGAAUGAGACUAUUCCUAUAACAUCACAUCCAUUAAGUAACACUAGUUCACAAGUCAUAUGCUUGAAGAAUAUAUGUCUGGUGGAUGAAUCUUGGAAUCUCACCUCUCGAUUCAGUGGAUGCGGAUGAGUUUGGAAAGACAUUUCUGGACAAAUCCAAUUAAUGGGAACAUGGAAAAUAAGACGACAUGAGUCAGCUUUGCAUUCAGAAUUAGAAACUCUGACAUGGGCGAUGGAGAGUAUAUGCUACGUCAUUCAACUUGCCAGAAUUUUGCAACAGACUGCAUGGACUUGAUCAACAUGCUUAAAGAACUCCAUGCAUGACCAAAAUUCUCAACAUAGCUGGAAGGAGUCUUCAACGGCGUUUCUAAGUAUUCAAGAUAUCCUACAUUCCUCGAGGACAAAAUGCUAUUUCAAAUUCUCUAAGCUAGAACUGCAAAAAUUUUCCAUAGAGAACUUUAUUUUGUUGAUUGUUCUAUUUUGAUUUGGUUGCACAUACCAUACCGCCUUAAGUUUGAGUAAUAGAAUGGUUGUUUGAUGUCAAAAAAAGGAAAGGAUAAAAGAUAGUAAAAGAUUUGAAAACGAGAAAAAAAAUUUCACAGAGCUAAUACACCUUUAAGUAAUACACUGGUGUAAAUCAAAUAACCAGAAGGGGACAUUAGUGCUAAUACACCCUAAUUUGCUAUUUUCAUUAUAAUUACUGCUGAAUUUAUAUAAAUACACUUAAACUAAACAUUAAUUAAAGUAAAUGGAUAUAUGCAUCCUACCAAAAGCAAGCUUGCAUCCUCCCCUAUAUAGUAACACCAUGUUUUUGGUGUGUAUGUCUUGGUCCACGUUUCCUUUGUUUUGCUUUUGUUAUAUCUGAGGCUGACUAAAAAACCACAAAAGGCUGGUUAGAAAAUGGAACACCAAAAUUUUCUAAUGCUGGUUGUGCCAAACAUUAUUAUAGGGAUGAACUCUGCAUCUUCAUAAAAGUAUUAAUUAAAAUCAAUCUAAAUUUGCAUCUUCAUUAGAAAGGAGAAGGGUAACAAAGAAAUGGGGAGGAUACAUAUUCAAUCUAAAAUAGUAAAUAUAUAAGGAAAGAUGAUAUAGGAAGAUUUUAUUCAUAACUUGCACACGAAAACCUAAGACUAACUAUGACCUCUUAAACUUUUUUUAUAGUUGUAUUUUCUUUCAUUAGGCUCAAGACUUUAUAACUUUUGACAGUCUAACUUUUGAACGUCUAACUUUAUAAUUUCCAGAGUUAGGGUUCAAAUAAUUAGAAGCUCUGACAUGGGCGAUGGAGAGUAUAUGCUACGUCAUUCAACUUGUCAGAAUUUUGCAACAGAUUGUUUGGACUUGAUCACCAUGCUUAAAGAACUCCAUGCAUGACCAAAAUUCUCAACAUAGCUGGAAGGAGUCUUCAACGGCGUUUCUAAGAAUUCAAGAUAUCCUACAUUCCUCGAGACAAAAUGCUAUUUCAAAUUCUCUAGCUAGAACUGCAAAAAUUUUCCAUAGAGAACUUUAUUUUGUUGAUUGUUCUAUUUUGAUUUGGUUGCACAUACCAUACCGCCUUAAGUUUGAGUAAUAGAAUGGUCGUUUGAUGUCAAAAAAAAGGAAAGGAUAAAAGAUAGUAAAAGAUUUGAAAAUGAGAAAAAAAAUUU